CUCCGCGUCACCUACGACGACAUCCACUGCACCAUCGGCAACACGGCCCGCCAGAUCAAGGAGCGCUUCGACCCCGACAUCAUGGUCGCCAUCGGCGGCGGCGGCUUCUUCCCCGCGCGCGUCCUGCGCACCUUCCUCAAGCGCGUCUCGGGCGCCGACGGCAAGCGCCGCAACAUUCCCAUCCAGGCCAUCGGCCUGUCGCUCUACGAGGAGGUCGGCGAGUUUGACGGCGGCAACGGCCUCGCCAUGGAGGAGAAGCUCGGCAAGGAGGUCAUCCGCACCCAGUGGCUCGACUUUUCGACCCUCGGCAACCGCCCGUUGAUCGGCAGGCGCAUCCUCAUCGUCGACGAGGUCGACGACUCGCGCACGACCCUCGGCUACGCCGUCGCCGAGCUCAAGAAGGACAUCCAGGCCCAGUUCGACAAGCUCCCCGAGGACAAGAAGGCCGACUUCCCGCCGACCAAGCUGGCCAUCUUUGUCGUCCACAACAAGCUCAAGGAGAAGCGCGCGACCAUCCCGGACGACGUGGCCUACUUUGCCGGCGACGACAUCGAGGACAAGUGGGUUGACUGUGCGUCGUUCGACCUUCCGUUCUCUCUCCUUGCUCGUGUCCCGUGA